CUACCAGUCAGUACGGUCGAGACGCUAGUUCGGACAACAUGCGGCGCCUUUUAAGUUUUGUGGUUUUGCUGUGUGGAUUCAGUUUGGCGGUGGCGACCCAAGCUCCAUGCAUCGAACUGAACGAUGGUAACAAGAUGCCUAUGGUUGCACUUGGUACUGGCAGAGGUACUGCAAGUGAGACAGCACCAGCGGAUGAAGUAAGCAAAGCGGUCUACUGGGCAAUAGAAGCAGGGUAUAGACACAUAGAUACAGCAGCCAUCUAUUAUGACGAGCCCGAGGUCGGCCAGGGAAUCAGAGAAGCUAUAAAUAAUAAUCUUGUUACCAGAGAAGAAUUAUUUAUUACUACUAAGCUUUGGAGUGACAAACACCGUCAAAAUGAAGUGGUUCCAGCGCUGAAAGAAUCCCUCCAAAAACUUGGAUUAGACUAUGUCGAUCUAUAUUUGAUUCACUUCCCUGUGGCCGUAAAGGAGGACGGCAGUUACGACGACGUGGACUACUUGGAGACUUGGAGGGGAAUGGAAGAGGCUCGAGCUCUGGGUCUGACCAGAUCCAUCGGCGUGUCCAACUUUAACGCGAGUCAAGUUGAUCGGAUUAUUGCUAACAGCAGGGUCUGGCCGGCUGUUAAUGAAAUUGAGGUCAACCCAACUCUAACCCAAGAAGCCCUCGUCACUCACUGCCAGGAGCUUGGUGUAGCAGUCAUGGCCUUCAGUCCAUUCGGCUUCUUGGUUUCCAGGAGUCGCCCAGAUUCACCUCCUCCAAGAGUAGACGACCCGAUACUGGUGCAGAUGGCGAACAAGUACAAUAAGUCCACUGGACAGAUUGUACUUCGGUAUUUGAUCGAACGUGGCCUAGUUCCAAUCCCAAAAUCCGUCAACAAAAAAAGAUUGGCACAGAACAUAGACUUGUUCGACUUCAGCCUGACCCCAGAAGAAGUUCAGACGAUUAGCAGAUUUAAUAAGAACAAGCGUGUCAUAGACUUUGUAGACUGGAAAGACUACCCUCACUUCCCCUAUGGGGAUUACUGAUACAUGUAUGUCAUAGUUUAGUAAGUACUUACUUUAAUUAAUAAAUA